AUCUGCGCAGUACUUCCCAAGGCUGCCUUUCCAUUAAACGGGCUCUUCCGGUAUCUUCACGAUCUCACUCAGCUCAGCUGUCAUUCUUAUUUGCAAACAAAGAUCCCGUGCUCGGAUGUUUGCAGCUCCGCCGCCCGUCCACCCCGUUUGUCACUUGAAUCGUACUGUUACCGGAUAAAAUGGGAGAAAACGGCGACACCGAGAUCAUAGAGCAUCACGUUGACGAGGAGAUGGAGAAGAAGAGGAUAUUAAGAAGUCAUGGCUCUUCGUUCAUGGAGAGUGUUACACCGUCGGAGAGGGAUGGACACAGUAGUACGCAGUCUUCCCACCGGCUGCUGGCAUACAGUGACGCGCUCAUCUCAAUCAUAGCCACUGUUAUGAUAUUACCUGUUGCACAUACAAAGGUCCAAGAUAACGAGGAAUUGAAGGAGAGUCUGCAGGUUCUGCUCACCACUAAGAUAGCUGUGUACCUGAUGACCUUCCUCAUAGUGACCGUAGCAUGGGCUGCUCAUAUCAGGUUAUUUCAAGUCAUUGAACGUAUUGAUGACUGCCUUGCACUUCUCAAUCUAGCUUGUAUGAUGUUGAUCACCUUUCUGCCAUACACAUUCUCCCUCAUGGCGACGUUUCCUGAGAACAUCUUGGGAAUCCUCCUGUUCUGUGCCUGCGUCAUGGUGUUAGGCUUCAUUCAGGCUGUUAUAGUGGUGUACGGCUUUAGCCGUCCGUUCCUGCUCAACGACCAGAUCCAGGUGUCGGAGAACCAGGUGUUCUAUAAACAUCACAUCCUGAAGGUCAUCAUGAGGGUCCCCAUCAUGUGCUUCUUCGCCAGUAUCUUCUCAUUCAUCUUCUUUCAGAUGUCCUAUGUGAUCCUAGCCAUCGUAAUCUUCCUGCCUUACAUCUCCCAGUCUCUAAAAUGGUGCCGCAGCAAAGCUAUCGGCCAGGUGGAGGAGACGCCUGAUUCCAUGAUGUUUUAUACGUACCAUCCAAACGAACCCCUCAGCAAGGAGAGGGUGGAGGCCUUCAGCGACGGCGUGUUUGCCAUCGUAGCUACUCUACUCAUCUUAGACAUAUGUGAGGACAAUGUCCCCGACCCAGUGAUGGUCCAGAAACAGUAUGGUGGCAGUCUGGUGGCUGCCCUGCAGAACUAUGGUCCAGAGUACCUGGCCUACUUUGGCUCCUUCGCUACCGUGGCUCUCCUCUGGUUUGUCCAUCACUCUCUCUUCCUUCACGUCACCAGGACCACUCGUUUCAUGGGCCUCCUCAACACCUUCUCUCUGGCCUUCGUAGGGGGCCUGCCCUUGGCCUACCAGCUGACCCACGAGUUCCCCCGUAACUCCCGCAACGAGCUGGAGGCCAUCCAGAUCAGCUGCGUCAUCAUCUUCUUCGCCGGCGUCUUCCAGCUCGCCAUCUGGGUGGCGGCGCUGUUCAGCGAACGCGAGACGCUACACCCUUAUGUGCGUUACGGCGGCCGUGAGCACGCCUUCAUGUUGGCCAAGCUGGCGCUGUACCCGUGCGUGGCCCUGGGGACCUUCUUCCUCACCUGUAUUCUCAGUAAAUUCAGCGCGUCUAUUUUCCACCUGAUGGAGAUUACGGUGCCGUUUGCUUUCCUGUUGCUGAGGCUGCUGGUCAGAGGCGGGUUGACGCUGCUCCGGCUCAUAUUCUGCCCAGAUGGGCCGGAGACGAGGAGUGCUCUGGAGGAGGAGGAAGAGGAGGCUAGGAUGCCCUUCAAUACCAUGAUCACUUAGUGGUUGUCAUUUAGCUCGAUGGUCAGUUUGCUCUGGGUCUGUAUUCAAAUGGUGCAGAGUAGGAGGUGCUGAUCUAGGCUCAGUUUUGACGGUUAUAUCAUAAUGUGUAUAUAAUGAAUAAGAUUAUAUGGACAAGUGGGUUCCUGAUCCUAGAUCAGCUUUGUGUGAAUACAGGCUCUGGGACCGGGGACGUGGUCCGUCGGACAGAUGUACAGUAGCUACAGCUCGUCUUGACCUCUGAAGGGAGAGUUUGAGGUCGAUUCCAUUUGAACUGCACAUUCAGUUUUGUAUUGAUGAGUCAAUUUUCUUUACAAAUUAGUUGCGUAAGUCAAGUGGUGUUAAAGGAAAUGGCACUGAGCCAGAGAAGUGGAGAGUACAACCAAUGUAAUUGACAGCCCUCCCAUUUUUUUUAAUAAUUUGUAUCUGACUUCUUGAAUAAUUGUUUACCGUUGAGAAUCUAGUCUGUUUGUGCCAACAUUUGCACUCCAAACAUGUUUGGCGUGAGGAGGCACAGGGGUCGUGUUAAGAGUUCAGAUGUCUGCAUUUUUUUUAACCAUUUCACCUGCGUUUUAAUAUUGAAAGUCAAGUUUAUUUGUUGUUCCGCUUCAAUAGAGUGAUCAGGAACGUGCAGCUAUAGAUUUCCUUCACAGAAAAUACAUUAGUGCAACACAUUCACAAAAUAGCUUCAUUUUCAACAGAUGACAACAGAAGUGUAAAUGCUAUUUGGCGUAGCAGCCACUCGAGUCAAUGAGCUUACAAUUGAAAAAGCAAGGUAUUUGUUUUUGCUAAAACGACGCAUGGUCAUCAGAUUUCAGUUUAUCAUCAUAGAAUGUAGCCAGCCAGCUCCUAAUGUUUUUCUUCGGGUUAAUCAUUGUACCGGAGGAAAGUAGCUACGCUGUCAGAGCGCUGUAACAACGCAGAAUUCUGCAUUUAACGUGACCCCUGAGGCAAAGGAGUGAAAUGUUAGCACCGACUGAAUUUCAGGCUAGUUAAUUUUGGGGUUUCAUUCAUUCUGAAUAUUCAUGUCCACUUCCCAACAUACAAAUAGCAGAUAAAAUGGAAGUCCUCAUAUAACACACUGCUCAUAUUGACCGAGUUUAAUCACGGAGUAUAAAUUCUAUAAAUAGUUAUUUGUCCUUCUAUAACAUGAAAGAGUGAGUGAGCAGCAUGAAUCUGACCAACAGGGUAACUUCACUUUUUUCAGUUCAGAAUAUAAUAACCGUCCACAGGAAUGUACUCACAAUGUGUUGUGUCAGCUAAUAUUGCACUUCUUAUUUUACACAAUACAAAUCCCUAUGCUGGGCAUACGCUACAAUCGUAACUUGUAAUUGCUCACAUUUCCUGAUUUUAAUGAUUUUUUUUUUAAAUUCCCUUUUCACAAAUCUUUAAUUCCGUCCAUGUUCAACCCCAGGAUGUGGGUGCUCACGUUACACUGUUAUUCCCUAGUGUUUUCUCCAUUGUCAUAGGGGGGAAAAGUGUCGUAACAAAAACAGCUGAUUUAUUGGAGUGCACAUUAUGUGCAGAAUAAGGACGUAAUAUUGGAGUUACUUUUGCAUGGCCCCGGUGCGUGGAGAUUUCACGUUAAGGACCAAUGGAAAAAAUAAUAAUGAUGAAACGCUGUUCAUCGGGCCACUUAACACCAACUCACCCAUUUUAAAAAAAAGGCAGUUGUGUUUUCUCCACAGCUCCACCAAUCAGGCUCCCAUCACCUCGGUCCACACCGGGCGUGUUGUUGCGUCCCUCUUUCACCGUCUCUUUAGGUCUCACAUGCGGCGUUCUCAUUGGCAUCAGACCCCUUGCCCAAUCGCGUCGUAGAGCACUGCUCAUACUACAAGAUGCACGACCAACAUUUUAAGACAUGUCAGAAAAUUAAAUCGGGACAGGCAAUAGCCGUUGUGUCCUUGACCUCUCAAAACGACCAGAAUCCCGACAUACUGAUGAUCCUAGCCCAAGUUCAUAGGAUUUCAGCCCGAUCAUGAAAAUGUAUAGCUAUGCCUGGCAUUAGCUGAAAAAGUCCCAUUUUGUUGCAUUCUUUCUUCUCAGGCUAGGUUACAUUUAUUUGAUUUACAUUUUUAAAUGAAAUAAAUAAAUGUGAAUAGCCAUUCUCAUCUGUCCAGACAAUAUGUUGUACUCAGAGUAGAUUCAUUUCAGAAAUGAUUUUACAUUACUGGGCCAUUUUAAAAUCAAACCAUACAAUGAAAUGAAAGACAUGGUUGAAGACAGUGAUUUAUUUAAUAUAGAUGUGCAAUGUUACAUUAUAUUGAAAUGUAAAACACGUUUUUCUUUGCAAUAUUUUGGAUGUGACGUUUCUUUCCCGAUUAAAAAAAAAAGGUCACAGAGGUCACUGUUAUUGCUGCAAUACUGUUUUGUGUUUUGAUGUUGAAAAAGCACUUUAAAUUCAGAAUGCUUCAGUGUUAUCUGCUUUUUAGAGCUCAAAUAAGGAAUCAAAUGUUCUUAAUCCAGAACUAAUGUCUUGCAUAAUUGGUCAGCUGAUUGAAGUUCUGGGUCGAUGCGUUGCAAGCUACUGCUGCUCGUUUUCCCCUCCAUUCCUUCCCGACAAAAUUCUGCAGUUUACCUAGAUCCCAAGAGAUUAAGCUAUACAAGUGUUGUGUCAAUCACUGUUAACACUGCAAGUCCCCUUUAAAAAAAUCAAUAAACUGCUUUUAAAAAAAAGGCA